AUGUCUGGUAAAUGGAAUCACGGUCUGUGUGGCUGCUUCAAUGAUUUAGGUCUGUGCAUCGUGACGUACUUCGUGCCAUGCUAUACCGCUGGGAAGAACGCCGAGGCAGUCGGCGAAGGUUGUCUGCUCCAUACAUUGCUCUACUUGGUCCCUAUCGUCCAUUGCAUCUGUGCGGCUCAGAUCCGAGGCAAGAUCCGUCACGAUCGAAGUAUAAAGGGAAGUAAUUUGAACGACAUGUUAAUGCACUGCUUCUGUCCGUAUUGCUCACUCACACAAGAAGCACAGGAAUUGAAGUCUGUACCGAGCGAUGCUCCAAUGGCGAGGUUUUAA